UGCUGGCUGUUCCAGCAAGUCUUGUCAAUCCUCUUUAUAAGUCUCGUUAGAGACUAAAGAUCUGUCCAAAACGGUACAGGCGUUUACAUCCACUGUUCUGCCACCCUUCCUCAAAAACACACAUGGUGAAGGUUCUGAUGAUGAUGAGUGUGGCCUCCAAAACUGGGCCUACAUCAUUGGCUAUUAAAAUUAUUUUAGCUCUCUCUCGCCUCCGCGCUUCCAAGAUGACCAAGAAAAGAAGGAACAACGGUCGUGCCAAAAAGGGCUGCGGCCACGUGCAGCCUAUUCACUGCACCAACUGUGCCCGAUGCGUGCCCAAGGAUAAGGCCAUUAAGAAGUUCAUCAUUGGGAACAUUGUAGAGGCUGCAGCCAUCAGGGACAUUUCUGAAGUGAGUGUUUUCGACGCCUAUGUGCUUCCCAAGCUGUAUGUGAAACUACAUUACUGCGUGAAUUGUGCCAUUCACAGCAAGGUAGUCAGGAAUCGCUCUCGGGAAGCCCGGAAGGACCAAACACCUCCAGCCCGAUUUAGACCUGCGGGUGCUGCCCCACGUCCUCCACCAAAGCCCAUGUAAGGAUCCAAGUCCUUAAAGACUGAAGAAAUAUUGGUUUCUCUGAAAAGACAAUAAAAUGGAAAUUAUA